UACUUGCGUCUGCACUGCGCCCAAGAAUAGUCUCGGAGAAUGAAACCCUUGAGGUCACAAGGCAAUGACAAAUGUUUCUUAACUCUUGGUGGACAGGAAAAAAAUGGACGUAUCAAGCCUAAGAGUGCUACCAACAAGAUUUUAAAUUGUUGGGGUUCAUGGUUUUGUGUUCCUUGAAUUUGAUUUAGUCCAAGCGGCACACAUCAUUCAGCCUUAAAACGAAGUUUUUCGUACUAUGAAAUAAAUUAGAGAAAGAAGGAUGUCUCCCAAUCGAUUUCGCGAUAAGCGAGAGAAACGAGAAUUAACUCCCUUCAUUGACGAACCGAUUGUGCAACUAGACAUUCCAGAAGAAUGGAGGAAGGUAGAGGCUCCAAUCAAUUUCACAUGGGUUAUUCCUGAUGAAUUGGCUGGCAUGGGUUGGCCCAAAUCACGAGAUCAACUCCGUUUCCUUUUGGAUCAGGGUAUCGACCAAUUAGUAACACUUUCAGCCGACAAGAUUCCACCAUAUUACGCAUUUCCCGAAUUACGACAUUCGCUCAUUCCUGUAGAAGAUUUUAAGGGACCUGCCAUUAGCGACAUACAACGAUUCAUUAACAUAAUGGAUGAUGCGAGAAAACAAGGAGAGGCCGUAGCUGUACAUUGCGCCGAGGGUCGGGGGCGAACUGGGGUGAUGUGCGCAUGUUAUUUGAUAUAUUACCACGAUUUAAAACCUUGGGAUGCCAUCAGAAUUAUGCGAAGACAAAGACCUGGAUCAGUUGAGCGAAGGACCCAAGAAGACACAGUUGUUCGAUUUUAUAACUUGCUCCAAGAAUAUGGUAAACAGUCUCUGGAAGUGUUAGAUGAAAAAGAACGAGAGUGGUUGGAUGAAAGACGCAGAGAGAAAGAUUCUCGGAGGAAUUGUGAGAAUCUGCUUGGAGUACACACUGCCAGUUUCUAUGGACCUGUUUCCGCCCAUGACAAUCGCUUUAAUCGACAGGAGCGAAUUAUGCGAAUGAGGCGUUGCCGAUCAAUGCCCAAAAUGACUCCUGAAGAGGAAAAUUCAUUAAAGAGUGAAGUGAACUUUCAAAAUCAUGUUCAAAACUUUUAUCAAGACCAACGGUGCCGCUCCCAACCCAGAGACCGGACAAAGAAUCAACAAAAAGACUUGACCACCGAACGGAAUGGUGCGAGUGAUAAUGCAAGUGGUGGUGGUGGUGUUGCUAGUGUAGGUGGUAAUGGUGUCUUAAAAGGAAAUACACCAACGAGAAUAUUGAAAGAUAAUUUAAAGCCAGUCUCCAUAAGAAAAUUAGACACCUCGGAAGAAAGAAAAGAGAAAUGCGACUAUACUAAACAUUUUAAGCAAUUCAUGUCAGGGGUUAAUGUGAAAAGAGCCAGAUCUUUUUCGCAGCCGAAAGAAACUCCCCCUGUACAAAAGCAACAUAAUCCGGAUGAAGUGAAGGAGAAACAAAGAUUUACGUCUGAAGAAAAGUACAUUAAAGAUCGAGAUGAAAUGCCAGAGAAAAAUACCGUCAAAUGUUAUGAAGUUCGGCGUUCAAAAAGUGACUCCUCGAGGGACCGUAAGUGCGCUAACGUUGAUUGUGACAACGAAUUAGAAAAAAGUGUUCGCCCGCCACAACCAAGUUUUUCCCCGUCUUGCGUCGUGGAUACUUCUAGUACAUACUCGUACUACACCAGAGUUCGUUCGAGAGCAGCUGCAGCUGCAGUAGCAACAGCAAUAGCUGCUAGAAAGGAGCCUUCAGCAUCUUCGGGUUUGGAACCUAACGCCGAGGAUUCAGGUUUGCUCCCCGAAGAAGACAGUUGUGAUAAGCCAGUGAACAAUAUAUACGAGACCAAAGAUCUUCGUGUGAAAGUCAUUGUGAAAGAAGUAGUUGAAACCAACUAUAGCGAAGUUGUUACAGACUCUAGUUCGUCCAGCAUUGAAAAGCAGCAAAAUUCUAAACAAUCAUCGGUCCAAAGAUCAAGACAUCCGGUUUUCCAAAGGCGCACAUCUUCCCUCUCUGAACCCCGAUCAAAUUCCUCGAUAAUGUCAUGUCAAGACGGCAGUUGUGAAGUGAGGCAAUUGUAUUCCUUGGAUGAUGAUGAUAAUGAUCAUGAUGAUAAUAAUCAUUCAAAUAGCCAUGAUUCUACUCCACACAAUGAAGCGCCGCGGAAAGAAAAACUCGAUACCUUCAACAAGAAACGGUUCAUUUACAAGCGCUCAAAAACUGGGCCAGUGAGUGGUGGUGGCCUUGAAGAUACCAACAAACACGAAAAUGUGUAUCCUAAAUCCAAAGACUGUGUUCCGAAAUCACGAGGAGAAAGCCGUUCUCCUUUUUCUCGCGAUAACUGGAAGCGAAUCAACCAUCGUUACAACAGUUCUUCCCUCAUAAACGCUUCUUUUACACGAGAGACUUACGUAUGAUUGGAUUGGAUUCAAAAUAAGUGAUGGCUUUUGCCCUUUCUUUAAUGUAUGGAUGAAGUCUUAGCUCGAGCAUUUUAAAUCAAUUUGACCAUACUGAAAUAGCAUUAUGAUGUUAAUAAACAUCUGACACGGAGCUAA